AUGGCGGCGGUGACCGUCAAUUCCAUCUCCACGCCGCCUCGGCACAGCCUAAAGUCUAAGGCGUCGGCGUCCACACUUGUCGGCGAGGAGGGAAAGGACGCCAACACGUACAGCCCAGCAAGCCACAUCAACGCCUUUUCCACCUCCGGACACAACAGUCCCCGGGGCCCAGACACCGCCGCUGUUGGAGAUGACCACCUUCAGCAGCAGCAGCCGCGCCCUGCCUGCUGGCCAUGGCCCUGGGUGAUGCUCCGCGGCGGGCACAUCGCCGAGGCGGGCAACAACCUCGACACGAACGCACCGGCUUCCUCUGAUGGCACAAACGAAGACGUCGUCGAGAGUAUUCUUGCGCCGUCCCAACCACCACCACCACCACCAGCUCGUCCGGCCGCAGGCUCGCCGCAAGCGUACAUUGAGCUGCGCGAGAUGCUUCGGCGGUUGCGGGACCACGGCAGCAACGCAGCGAGCAACAGCCCAGAUAACCACACCAACGACAGCAGCGAUGUGGACGGACCGAGCCACUUGGACAACAACAACAACAACAACAACAACGCCGUCACUGCCGCCCCUGCUGCCCCUGCGGCUGUUCAUCACAAUGGCAACGACCGCGGCUGGACCCGGAUGAGCCAAGUGAGCACUGCACCCGACCACUACCACCACCCCCCACAGCAACAGAACCGGCCUCGCCCAUAUCAGCAGAAUGCCGACUUCACCACCACCACCUCGGCCGGCCCUGCCGCAACGGACGACUCCGAGGAGGACCUCUACAGCCUGCGGCUGCGCCGGUUCAAGGCCGCGGGCCAUGGCCUGCGACCAGCCGGCGCAAGCAUUGCGACAUACAUGGCAGCCACGCACCGCAACGGCCGCCGCCCACGCACUCUAGCGUCAGGAGGUCCUGGCAAUGACAAUGACGACCACGACCACGACGACGCCGACAACACCUCGUCCCAAGAAGACAACUACAACAAGCGCAUCACCGCGGCCAACCGGCAGCAAGCUCAAGCCAAGUCCCUCCUUCCGAUGCUGGACCUGGAGCUCGCCAUCAGCAACGCAGCAUACUUGUGCCCCCCCUCCCUCCUCCACCACGACCGGGCCGCGGCGCAUCAGCUCGUCCUCCGCGGCAGCUUCGGCGGCGCGAGGCUGACCGAGGGCAACCUGGCCCGGCUGCAGGGGGAGCUGGCGUGGCGGCGCGACGCGGAGCGCCAGCGCGGGGCCAACCCGAACGAGGACGUCUUCCGCAUGGGCCUGGUGACCAAGGAGAACCUGGUCAUGCUGAGGGACCUGUACGACACCAUGGAGCGGGUCAAGCUCGACCAGGCAGAGUAUCCAGGCGUCGCGCGGAGCAAUGCCGACACCCUGGACGUGUACGAGCAUAUGCGUAUCCGGCGGGAGCUGCAUUUGAAGACGGAGCAGGAGGAGAAAGAGAAGGCCCAGAGGGAGGAGGGGGGGGAGGAGGAGGAGGAGAAUGACGACAAUGACGACGACGACGGCAAUGCCGGGCAGCAAGAAGAGUUUCCCCGGAAGCAUGAACACGACUCAUCUCCCUUGCUCAACGCAGGCUCCCUCGAGGCGGCCUCUUCUGCACCCAUCGCCAACAAUGAGCACAUCCGACCAGGACGCCGCGCCCGCAUACGCGCCAAGUUGAGGCGCAUGAGCCACCACGUCGGAAACAGACUGCACCGAAGCCGCGCAGCCAUCAACUGCGGUAGCAGCAACACUGCCGCCUGCAGCAGCAGGAGCAGUAGCAGUCGGUACGCAAGUAUCAGGGGGACGCGGGUUGUAAGCCCACUGCCUGAAGCUGGUAUGAGCUGGACAAGGCUUCGUACAACGACAGACGAGCUUAGACGGCUGCGGAUCGGGCACAAGGUGGAGGACCUGGACACAGAGGACGACUCGAUGUGA